UGGAGUUCAAUGUCUUUACAUGUGAAAAAACAAGCGAACCAGAAACGUUGAAAUAUUUUCAAAGCAGUAGGUUUUUUAAAACUGUGAAUACUUCGAAGUGAAAAUAUUUUUCUAUUUGGAUAUAGGUUACGGAUGAAAUAGGAUAUAAAAAUAAGAUUUUUUACGAAAGGAUUGUCAAUUUUGAAGAAUGUCUCAGCCUCAAGGCACAGCACCAGCAUACCAACAACCUGGCUAUCCACCACAAGGACAACAUUCUUCUAGUAAUGUGGUGGUUGUUACUCAGCCACAGCCGCAGGUUGUUGCCGUAGGGACUUGUGCCCGUUGCGGGAUUGGUCAUGUGUCACGCAACUUUACCGUAUUGGGUAUAAUUAUUGCGAUAUGCUUCUUUCCUCUUGGAGUUCUGUGUUGUUUCCUUCUAAUGGAAAAGAGAUGCGACAGAUGCGGGGCAGCAUUUUAAAGACAAAAACUUUGAUACAGCAAUUUUGUGAAACGUGAAAGAAUGACACGUAAAAACACAAUUUUCUUAACAGCUUUUAAAAUUUAAUGCAUCAUUUCGUAAACAUUGCAUAAGAUCAAAACUUACAUAUUUGUAAAAAGUGUACCGGUUUCAUCAUUGAGGUUAAACUGAGCGAAUCUAAUUCAUUCGAGUGACUGCCUCACUGUAAUUUUCAAAGAGAUGUUUCGUGUCAUACCUGUAAUUGAUACGUGUACGUGUAGGAUUUCAAUAUGCGUUUGAGAUAUCAAAAUUUAGAACAUUACAAUUUUCUCAUAAUUUAGUCGCACACAUUCUUUAUGUACUUAUAAAUUCUGAAUUUGAGAGCCUAUAUGUACAGGUAGUAACUAAUCGGACAGUUUUAUAUACACACGUGCACAACCCAAUUUGUCUAAAUAAGGUUGUACAGAUCUUCCUCAGUGGAAAGACCAUUAUAUUUAAUAAAUUGUUGUUUACUAGCCAAAAUAGUCAACAGUUUACAUGGCAGCUCUUUGUAAGUUUAAUACAUGUAUCUCCUUAAUUCAAAUUCAUUAUGUACAUACUUAUUCACAAUAAAUUUCUUAAGUUA